CACCAACCAACGAGAGACGUCGUCGCCAUCAUUCAUUCAUUCGAUUUUGAGAAAUCGCAGCAGUAAAUUGCGAAAAUAAAAAAGUGUUCUGCAAAUACAAAUAGCAGAAAAUUCGGUUGCAAAGUACGAAAAAUCGCGUGGCUUGUUCACCUAGUAUUAAGCACAAGAAUAUUGCGUGUCUGCGUAGUGGAAAUCCAGUUAUUUUUCCGGGAAGUGAAGAAGCCCGAAAAGACUUCGGAGGAGAAAAGAUGGCUGCUCUCCCUCGUAGAAUAAUCAAAGAAACUCAACGUUUGAUGCAGGAGCCCGUUCCGGGGAUUAGCGCUGUUCCAGAUGAGCAAAAUGCUCGCUAUUUCCAUGUAAUUGUGUUUGGUCCAGACGAUUCCCCCUUUGAGGGAGGACUGUUCAAACUGGAACUGUUUCUACCUGAGGAUUACCCCAUGUCCGCCCCAAAAGUUCGAUUCAUAACGAAAAUUUAUCAUCCAAACAUUGACCGGCUGGGACGGAUCUGUUUAGAUAUUCUAAAAGACAAGUGGAGUCCGGCGCUGCAAAUACGCACGGUGCUUCUUUCCAUCCAAGCCUUGCUUAGUGCCCCAAAUCCGGACGAUCCGCUCGCAAACGAUGUCGCUGAACUUUGGAAGGUCAACGAAGCGGAAGCAAUCCGGAAUGCCAAGGAAUGGACCCAGCGGUACGCUGUGGACAACUAAAGGAACUAUCCGCGGGCGAGACAGAAGACACGGACGAACGGGCGCGAAGUUUUAAUUAAAUUAUUUUAUUAAAGCAAAAAUACAAACACAAUGAUUCACACAGAUGUUUAAAGCGGCGAUGCAUACAGCAGAAAAACUAAAAGAAGAACAAAAUCGCAAUUGGAGCUAAACCUCCCGGUUUUCGAAUAUAAAUCCAAUUUACGCAAAAGUUCUAGUGUAAAGUUCAUCUAUCAGCUAUUUUAAACACACACAGCGAAAACAAACUGCUUCGCCAAUCAGUCAAUAUAUGCAAGAAGAAAAACAGCUAAAACAGACAACAAAGAAAAAUUUUACACGACCGCGGCGAGCAUCCCCCACAGCAAAAGUAGAAACGGCACUGUUCAUCAGCAGCUGAAGCAGAAAGUACACGGCCGCAACAGAAAUUGAAGUAUUCUCUCUUUUUUCAGAUAAUCCAGGUUCCGCAUAUCUUUCCAUGGCUUUGUGAUAUCAAAAAAGGGACCGGUCCAAUCGAUCUGCGCUCACACAUAGUUCGAGUAUAAUUUCAUGUUACAACGCCCGCUGCAUUACUCUAUAAUCGUAAUAAUAAAUUAUUUCAUUACAAAAGCAUAAAAAGCCGAAAAAAAUAGAAAAAUAAAAAAAACCUGCAGUAAACUACACAAAAAA